UCUUUCUCGACUCCAUCUUCGCGGUAGCUGUUGCGGUAUCCACGGUUCAGUCGCCGACAUGCAGCUCUUUGUCCGCGCCCAGGAGCUACACACCCUUGAGGUGACCGGCCAGGGGAUGGUCGCCCAAAUCAAGGCUCAUGUAGCCUCGCUGGAGGGCAUCGCCCUGGAAGAUCAAGUCCUGCUCCUGGCAGGCUCGCCUCUAGAGGAUGAGGCUACCCUAGGUCAGUGUGGAGUGGAGGCUCUGACCACCCUGGAGGUAGCCAGCCGCAUGCUUGGAGGUAAAGUCCAUGGUUCCCUGGCCUGUGCUGGGAAAGUAAGAGGGCAGACUCCCAAGGUGGCCGAACAGGAGAAAAAGAAGAAGACAGGCCGAGCCAAGCGACAAAUGCAGUACAACCGACGCUUUGUCAAUGUUGUGCCCACCUUUGGCAAGAAGAAGGGCCCCAAUGCCAACUCUUAAGUCCAUUGUAAUCCUGGCUCUCCCCAAUAAAGCCACUUGGUUCAGUCAUUUAAAAAAAAAAA